AUGAAUGCGCUGCUUGCAUUGCCAAACCAAUUCGAAGUCGUUUCCCUGGCCCGAACGAAAUCUGUGUCCAAAUCUAUCUACCAGGACUUCACCCGACGUGGUGCUUCAGUGCAGAAUGCCAAUUUCAAGGACCCUGAAGCCCUCGUACCCCUCCUCAAGGGUGCAGACGUCGUUAUCUCCGUGGUGACAAUGGCAGAGAAGGAAGUGCAAGAUACUCUCAUCGAUGCAUCCCACAAAGCCGGCGUCGGUCGUUUUGUGCCUAGUUUCUUCGCAACAGUCUCACCCCCGCGCGGAGUGAUGCCAGCCAGAGAGAAGAAGGAAGACAGCCUCGAUAAAAUUAAGUGCCCGUACCUUCCCUAUACUGCCAUCGACGUUGGCUGGUGGUACCAGUUCAGUGUUCCCCGCGUGCCCUCCAGCAAGUUGGACUCGGUCGUUUCUUUCCCCGAAACAACUAUUGCUGGCGACGGAAAUACAAAGACUGCGUUGACCGACUUGGUUGACAUUGGAAAAUAUGUCGCUCGCAUCAUCGGACCCGCGGACACUGAACAAGCUGGUAUUUGCCUACGGCGAGAUGACGACCCAGAAUCAUAUCUGGAGCUCGAGAUCGAACAGUCCCUCUCCUCGGCUGGCAAGACUCUCGCCAAAAAUCCGAUGGAUAUGGACACGAUUGUUUCAAAGUCUAUGUUGGAGUACAAGUACAGCCGUUGGAUUCGGGGCGACAACACGCCUGAACAUGCCGAGUAUCUGGGAUAUCUCAAUGCGAAGGACCUUUACCCUGAUUUCAAAUACAAGACUAUUGACGACUGUCUUCGCGAGCUAAUGGAGGGGAACAGGGUUGCCAAUCUUUACGUUGGUCGAGACCAUGUACUGAAAACCACGGCAGAUCUAAAGAUUUAA